AUGGACUCGACUCGGAACUCUACACAAUGUGGGGCGACAUUUGUAGAGGUGAGCGCAGUAGCCAGUGAGGGCGCCGCGCCAGACGCGCAUCGACAAGGUAAGGGGUGCCUUACGCCGUCGCACAUACACUGUGCCCUGCCGCGGCUGAGCGCCGCGUCGGUGAGCACGGUGGCCUCUGUCGCCUCACUGGGGGAUGAUGUGCCGGCGUCCGUCGUGGCGAAACUGACGCCCCUGUAUUCCUGCCCAUUGCCGCUCGCCAAAGCAUACCCGACUACUGAGAGCGCGUCGUCCAUGCCGUCGAGCUGUGGUGCCACCACGGAGACAGAAAACCGCUUCGGUGACGCUCAGAGCCACGCUGCGGCCACCCCACUUGUGCCACCAGUCUUGAAGUCCUCGUCCUCCCUGCACUCGUCGCUUCCCUCUGCCUCCGCCAUCGCCGUCGGCAGCGCGCGACGACUGACUCCAAACAGCACCUCUUCCAUGGACGGCGCAUGGACGCGGUCGCGCAACGUGGACGGGCCGAGAACGAUGUCUCUUCGGCUUUCCACAACCUCACCCCACACCCUCCACGGGUCAGUGUCUUUCCCCGUCCCCGGUGAGGAGAGCGUGCCGCUCGUGGAGAUGGACAGUCACGUGGAGUCGAACAGGACCACGCCCUUGGCGGAAACCUUUUUGACCCAGGUGCCGCUACCGCAAGAGGACGUGACAGCUUCCUCAUCGCAGCCCUCGUCGCCUAUCGCGGUGGACCGCACGGCUGUGCCCUGCACGGUGAUGCACACAUCCAGCAAUGCUGUGGAAGCGCAAAGGACUGCUUCACCCGUGGUGCCCACCCGUGGAAGCCCCAUCGGCUUUGCCACUGCGACAGCGAUGCGAUGUACACCGCAGCGACGCAGUCGCUCGUUCGACAUGCCGCUCCCCAUUGCCAGCGGCGUGACUGGCGGCAGCUGCGAUGACUUAUCAAGAUGCUACGCAGAACGACGCGAGCUGUCCACCAUCACCGCUAGUAUUCGGACAAGUGAACACUUCAACGAGCGCCUCGGCGACGCGCACCGUCCGCCACCGUUCAUAUACCCGUCGGAGCCCACGGCAGCCUUCUCGACGCUGAAGGCGUCAGUGGUAGGCGUCGCCGUCCCCGCUGCGGCGCAUUCCAACAACAACAGCGGCGGUGGCGUUGCCACUUUUAGCAGUAACACAAGUACAAACGGAGGUGAUGCCGAGGCACAGGUGGGCACGGGCAUUGGACUGCGACGCACCAUAUCCUGCGAUACCCUGGCUUCUGUCAGCUCCUCGCGCUCCAGGCCGGUGCUUACGCCCGCCGCGGUUGGCCCGCCGGAGGCGUCUGGCGCCGCGUCUGGUACAGCGUCCACCACCAUGACGAGUGUAACGUACACACGAAGAAAUGUCUGCCUCGGGGCGCUGGACUUCCACGGCAACCCGGUCACGUCUCUCUCUUCGCUGCUCGUGCAGAUGUCGCUGCGCUCUGGCGACCACGAGGAAGCAGACCCGUCUGAGGCGCGUCUCGGCGCGGCUUCUCCUUACCCCCUAACUCAGCAGCCGCAGCAGCGAAACACGCUAUCCAUGCAAAACUUAAUGGUGCAUACACAGCAAGUGGGGCAGAUGGCGCCAGAGGACAAGGUGAAGCGGUUUCACGCGAAGCCGGACGGCGGCGCUAUUGCCAUGUACAGGGCAACGGGUACGACGAUACCCCGGCGGCUCCGCACCUGCACCAAGCCCUGCUCCACGACAUCAGCCGCGUCUGCCUCGGGUGCACCGCCGGCCGGAACCGCCGCCGCGGCUUCUGCACAGCAGCAGGUCGGCUCACUGAAGGACGUGUUGCAGGAUUGCAAUUUUCUCUCCCUCAAGGACGUACUGAGCGCCAUCGCCGACACGCAUGUGAACGAGCUGCGCGAGGCGCAGCAGCGGUUGAGCAACACGCACGCUGGCGGCAGCGAUGGUAAAAGUACCGACGGCCGUGUAGCCUCCACGGCGCCCGCGUCGGUGGUUGUGAACGCGCUCUCUGCAUGCGUAGCCUCGAUGCCAUUGAAGGCAGAAGAGUUUUCAGCGGCUGCAUCCACCUUCUCUGGAGGCAUUCAGCCGAGUGUGACGUGUCGUCUCGGCGGGGCGGGGUCGGAAUGGGCAUGCACUUCCAGCGCCCGCGAAGGCGAUAGUGGCGUAUGCCUGAGCACAAGCCCCAGCACUGACGCGACGUGUAUCUCAGCCCUGCACCCCUCAGUUAGCUCGCUUGACGCACAGCAGGUACUGACGCUUGCAGCGGCCAUUACGGAGGCCUCACUGAACCUCGACCGCAGUGCUGAGGCUUCUUUCGGCGGCUCGACCACAGCGGCCGCCGUCAGCGCGUCAUUCCCGACCUUGCUCGGCGAGACUGUACCCGCUGGUAGUGUCGCAUUGCCUCCGUCCGCUAUUGCCACGCCGACAAGGGUGCAGUCGGCCGUCCUAUCGGGCUCUCUCAUCUCAUCAACCCACGCAGAUGCAAGCCGCGGAGUUGCCUCCACUUCAGCGGCGUCCACGGAUGGCGUCUCCGAGGCUUUUGAUUACCGAUGCGAUCCACUGGAACACAAGGUGCUGCUGCUGCAGCCGUCGAGCGACGGCGUGGAUGGCGUUGCGCGGAGCGGAAUGUGGGAGUGCCCAGGGGGCCGCAGCUUGCUCUCACCCUCCCCUCUGGCGCUGAAGGUAACUGCAGCUGCGUCUCCUGUGAUAGUCACCUCGUCGGCACCAAAACGGUUUGCUGCGGCAGGCUCGCCCUACUUACGCCAGUGCGGAGGACGGUACGUUGCUAACUGGCGCGGUCUAUCGUCGGGUGAGGAGGUUCCAGGCAAGACAGCGGUGCCGGGCACCACUAUCGCCGUUAAUGCCGACCCCCCGCCGAUGCUGCCGCGGCUGGCGGAGACUAUGAUGAGCGCAGACUGCGGCAUGUGUGCCAGCAGUCGCGUGGGAAAACAGGAGGGGGCUGGUGUCUCGACCGUGACUUGCGACAGCACCCCUGUAACGAGGGCCAGCAUCACUGCCGGAGACACUUUGCCCAUCGUCGGUGAUGGUUGUGUGAUGGUUGAGUCCAUCCCCUUCCGCUCCUUCAACGACGAGCUUCACAACGUGUCGCAGCUGCGGCACUGGGCCCGAAGCAUUGCGCGGCUGGAGCACCUGCAGCCGAGCACCGAAACCGAAGUCAUCACAUAG